AUGGCCCAUGCCAAUAUUUCCGGCUGGCAGCGUCUCCCGAUCUCUGAUAAUGCAACCCCUGAGUUAACUACCGCGUCUGAUUCAAGUAGCGAUGAGCCACCGCUAGAGUCAGAUUUUUCAUAUGUAUAUGACCAGCUUAUCUCUAGUGUUGAGAAGGACGGCCAGGAUGAUAAUGGAAAAUCGGAAAACUGCAACACGAGCGCUCCAUUUCAACUUGCCCACAAUGACGCGAAAUUGGUGACGAAUUUCGACGACUCGAAUGUAAAUCCUUUUGAAGGUCUAGACACAGUCCCUGACAUCCAUAAUACUGGUGCGCCUAGGGAGAGACCGAUAGCAGUGGAGAUUCCUCGAUCAACCCUUGUUCAUCCAAAGUCAAUUUUUGAAGGUUUUAUUCCACCUGCUGCUGAAGUUCGAGAACGGCAUGCUUUGGCUGAGCUUCUCGAUGCCACAAAGACACAACAACCCUUUCAAGAAGAUGGGCAUAUUGAAUUUGACCUGGAAGAGUUUUCUAUAUAUUCAAAUGGUCCUCUUUAUCCCCAUGAGUUUCGACCCUUACAGCAACUCGCAACCCGGUCAGCCUCGGAACAUUUUUACUUUGAUGGCGUAAUCCGCCACGGCGAGAAGAAGUUCUACCUUAGGAAGGUUCAUUUUCGGCAGCUUCCUAUUGGAAAUUACGGUAGCGAAGAACACACCGUCGGCGACCAAAUCUGGGUACGGUCGGACUUAAAUGAGAGACGGGACGAAGAAGUCUAUUAUAAACUCAAGAACCCCUCGGCCGAGUACUUAAGAUAUUAUGAGCCUUUUCUUUGGAUUGCGGACCUAGCCAAGCACGUACUUGACUAUUGCGACUACUUGAUGAGCCAACGCCAGCGAGCCGUUCUAUAUGAUUUCAAGUCGCGGUUCAAUAUUUGGCUGGAACAAAAACAUACCGAAUCAGCUACCUUUCGGCGUUGGUACUCUGCAAACCGAGGGAGCGAUUUCAGAGGCGCCAUUCUUGCGAACAUUAAUUUCAUCUGGAAAGAAGCCCAUGGAUUAGAUCCAGUAAUUGUUACUUGGCAUGAAUUUUGGGGGGAAACUAAGACAUUCAAUCAUUACAAGCCUAAUCUAUCAUUUGGUCAAACAUUGUUGGACGAGGAUAGUGAGGUAGCAGGCCUUAGGAAAGGGAAGCGUCAAAAAGGUGGCCAGGUACCGCCAACUAUCGUAACUCCGUAUAUAUACGAUUUGUUCUCCCACAUGGUGUUUGGGAACGUCCUCAAACGAGUAAAGCCGUCUGCCGAUAUCCAAAAGAAACUGAAUGGUUUCACACAGAGAAAUCUGCCCAUAGAGCAAAGAAGUCCGCCUGCAAUCAAACGAGUCAACCAGAACCGCACAGCAUUCAUUGCUUCGAUCGAAGUGGGAGAUGUGAUCUCAACACACCCGGAUGACGAAGGAACAGACACGGAAUGGAAACAACAGAAGUCGAAACACUACCAAGGAGAGCACUUAUGGUUCGGUCUCGUGCAGAAGAUCCAUAAGUCUCCAAAGGGGAGGUGUUCAUUCGACGUCAUCUGGCUGUAUCAACCAAUUGAUACUCCUUGCGGCAUUAUGAAGUAUCCCUACAACAACGAGAUCUUCUUAUCGAACAACUCUGACGAAAUUAUUGCGACGCAUAGUGUUGAAUGGUUCGGAAAUCCCUCUACGUCUGCCGAGUUCUUCGUUCGUCAGACUUACCUUUCCGAUGAUUGUCGAUGGACCACCCUGAAGAAAGAACACUUGACAUGUACGGAGGACAAAUUUCAUGUGAAGACAUCCUACAAAGUUGGCGAUGUUGUUCUUGUCGAGACCGACCCCAAAUCCCUUCAACUAGAGGUUUUCAUCAUAGAAGGAUUCUUUACCGAGAGAAAGAAGAAUUAUGUUAAGCUACGAAAACUCACGCGGAGGAGAGACGUCGAUAAAAAUUCUCCCAAGUCGCCUCCGAAUGAAGUCGUUUAUACGAAUCAACUUGUUGAGAUUUCUAUUCGUAGGAUCUUUCGCCAUUGUUUGGUCAGGGCAUUUUAUCUCGAGGAGGAAGUACCGAGCCCCUAUAAUCAUGGUGGAACCGGUGAUUUGUUCUUCAUGACACAUCAAGAGAUCGAGACGGAAGUGGGUAAUAUGGCCUAUAUUCCUCUCGACAUGGCCCUGGUACGCCAACUGCGACAAGGCUUUGACCCUCUUAAUAUACAUCAUGGACAAAAGUUGCAAGGGCUUGAUUUAUUCUGCGGUGGCGGAAAUUUUGGACGCGGACUCGAAGACGGUGGCGCCAUCGAAAUGCGUUGGGCUAAUGAUAUUUGGAGAGAGGCUAUUCACACUUAUAUGGCGAACAGCGAGCCGGGUGUCUGCACCCCAUUUCUUGGCUCGGUCGAUGACCUCUUACUUCGGGCAUUGCUGGGCGAGGGCGAUAAGAUCCCCCGACCUGGUGAUGUUCACUUCAUAUCCGCAGGGUCCCCGUGCCCUGGGUUUUCUCUUCUCACCCCUGACAGAACCACAGAUGAUCAACGGAAGAACCAAUCUCUCGUCGCGUCUUUCGCGGCCUACGUCGACUUAUACCGCCCCUACUACGGAAUACUCGAGAAUGUGCCUCAAAUGGUGAACUCGGCAAAACUACGUGACGUGUGCGUCUUCUCCCAGGUUUGCUGCGCUCUCGUCGGCCUCGGUUACCAAGUACAAGUCAUGUUCCUAGAUGCCUGGUCCUUCGGCGCGCCGCAAUCCCGCAGCCGAGUUUUCCUAUGCUUCAGCGCCCCCGGCCUCCGCAUGCCGAAAGUGCCCAACCCGUCGCACUCCCACCCACCCGGCACAAGACUCAAAAAGCUCGGCGAAAUGUCCUGCGGCCGCCCCUUCGACCGUCGGAUCCUCAUCUCAACUCCGUUCAAAUACGUCAGCAUCCGCGACGCCAUCGGCGACCUCCCCGACAUUCAAGACGGGAAGCCGGACUAUUGCCCGGGCUUCCCGGACCACCGCUUGUCCGCCGGCGUGACGCCGCCUAUCCGCAAGCAGCUGUUUACCAUCCCGACGCAGCCGUGGGAGAUGAACUUCGCGAAGGCGUGGCACGGGCGGCCCGGCAUGCCGCGGGUCAUGACGCCCAUCGAGCGCGCCAUGUACCCGCCGGACGGCCAGGAGCGCACGCGGAAGGGGGCCAAGGGGUGGGGCCGCAUACACCCGAACAAGCUGUUCAGCACGAUCGCGACCAAGUGCGGGCCCACGGACGCGCGCAUCGGCUGCUCGAACCACUGGUACCAGCACCGGCCGCUCACGGUGCUGGAGAUCCGCCGCGCGCAGGGGGUCCGCGACGACGAGGUGCUGGUCGCGUCGCCGGCGAACCAGUGGCGCAUCGUCGGGAACAGCGUCGCCAGACAGGUUUCCGUGGCCCUCGGGCUCGCGGUCAGGGAGGCCUGGUUCGGGACUUUGUUUGAUGAGGCGAAUGUGCCGCAGUGGGGACUCGCGAGUGUGGAGAGGGGCGUGGAAAGGGGUGGUGGUGGCGGUGGUGGAGAGAGGAGGGAGAAAGAAACGGUUAUUAAGCAGGAAGAUGGAGAUGAUGUAGAAAUGACGGAUGUGGGAAAUGGCCUGGACGAGUCGGAUGAGUCGACGGCGCCGUCGGAAGAGCUGUUCGUCAGGUCCACGCCGGAUAACUGCUCCUCGAAUACUCCGGCGACGAGCGUGGGGGCCGAGUUCUCAGAUGGCGAGAGGGGUCGCAAGAGGCCGUCAAAGUUGUGUGUUGAGAUCUUGACUAAGAGGCAGAAAUUUGGAGGGGGUGAUAAGGAGUAG